GAUUGGAACUGAAUUCAUUUGCUGGCUCAGCGGAUAACCGAGCUAGGCUAGUUUAGCAACGCGUUUUAUUUUGACAAUUACCGCUACAGGUUCCACAGUGAUUUAGUCCCCGAUGGCUGAAGCCAGGCUCGAAGAAGAAGAGGAGUCGCGUGAACUGAGGGAACCCGCAGUUCUACGGACUCGAAGACAGUCAAACCCAGCAACAGAUCGCUCAGAGAGGAAUAAGCCUGAACAGCGCACCUCCAGUCAAGGACCUCUAUCCUCUUUACGAGCAGCCAUCAAGAGAACAUCAGCGAGAAGCAGCUCUCAGAGUGAUCACAGAGAUCGAAGGCGUCCGGAGAUAACUAUUGUGUCAGCGGAGCCCUUAGCGUCGAAUGCCUGGUUCCAAGGGACCUCUGGGGGCUUUCCGCCAUCCCUGACGCCUGCUCAGCCAAUCUGGGGCGGGAGCAUACCAGCAUCUGCCCAGCCCCCACCAUCCUAUGACCAAGUGAUCAAGGAGAAAACCCAGGAGCAGGUCGUCUUGCCCACUGCCCCCCCACGACGCUCCACCCCCACCAAUACCACCACCACCAUCGCAACGCAGACCGACUUCCUGGUUAACGCUGACACUGCCAACCCAGAAUGCACUGCACCUCCAGAGACCACUGAGAAGGCCAGAUCUGUAGUGAAAAGAGCCCUGAAGCCACCAAGGCCAGCUGUACCUGCUAAACCCAAACCAGAGCCAAGUGCCACUGCUGCUGCUGCUCCAGACGUGCCACUGCUUAGUCCAGGAGAGACCCCGGCUCUCACCCCAGAAACUGACAUUGAUGUCAAGCACCAGGCACCUGAAGCAAAGAUUUGCCAUCCUGAUCCCAGCUGUGUGGCUCUGAGCACCACCUCUUCCCCUGUACCUGCAACAGAGCCCUGUGACCCCUGUCCUGUCCCUGUAGGCGUUUCGUCUGACUCCACUGAGCCUGAUUCAGUCUCCUUCCCAAAAAAACGGCCGAUACCACGGCCUCGCUCCAAGCAGAACGUGCAGUCGGUAAGCAGGGACGUGAAGGUUCAGACUCUAGUCCGGAUUAAAGAGGAAGGGGAUUGCACCCAGCCGGCCCCGACAAGCGGGGAGGUUCUUUUCGGUAAGUACCUGCAGGAGAUCUUGGACGUAUUUAGUGUGGAUGAUCAGAGUCACCAAAGUGACCCGGGAGAUUGCAGCGACCCCAACGACCCUUGUGACCCCUGCGAUCCCAGUGACCCCUGCGAUCCCAGCGACCAAUCGGACAAGAGCGACCAAGGUGAGGAAGACGACAGCAUGAGCGCUUCAUUCAAUCAGAGGAACAUCAAGGCGAAAAUCCAGGCCUUUGAGCAGCAGGCCAGCGUAGAUGGCGGUGACGGGGAGCCGGCGAAGAAGCCGGAGCCACGGCCUCGCGCCCAGCAGCCGAAGCCCCCGCCGGUGGCCGCCAAACCCAGCUUAGUCCGCCAGCCCUCUUGCGCCUGGGAGGAGAACCCCGAGACCGCAGAAAACGGCCAUAAAGCUGUUACCUCUCCUCCCACCCCCGCGCCGAGGCCCCAGCUCCCCAGAUCGUCCUCUGAGGCAGAGAGCAGAGAGCCCCGCGUGAUUCCGCCCGAGAAGGUCCCCAUCCUCCCCCCGCCGCGGCCCUCCAUUGCCUCCAGAGCCAAGACCUUUGCGGCUCAGGAGGAGGAGUCUACCAUCAGUAAGCCUCUGCCUUCACUACCAGCAAAACCUAUUGCGGACCUGGCCAACCUCAUUAACCAAAACCCUCCCUCUGCGUCCACUGUGACCAGCAUGGAGAACGGCAGCGUGGACAGACCUGUCAACAAGCCCCCGAUCAAACCGCAGCGCACAGUAAAUGCUGCCACAAAUCGUCCACCCGUGACUCGGAAGCCCACAAUGAUCCGAGUCCCCAGCAAAGUUGAUAAAAUGUUUGAAGAGUCCCCGGACACCCCUCCACCUCUCCCAGCUCAGAAGCCUAUUGGGGGAGUAGCCCUUCCUGUGGCCAGGAAACCUAGCCUCGUCUCCAGACCCACCUACCCGCCACCUGAACAGCCUCCCAUUAACGCUGAGGGAUUUGGCGCCUCGAUGCCAGAGCCGUUGCUUCCCCCGCGGCCCGUUGGCGGCAAGGUCCUCCCCCCUCGCCCCCCUCCUGUUAAAGGAGCACCUGGAAGGCCCCCUGCACCCCGAGACAACUCCUCUCACACGAGACCAGCUGUGGCGUUACCCAAGCGAUCACAGAGCCACCAGGGGACAAGGAAGGGACCCGUUCUGCCCCCGCGGCCAAACCCUGGACAUCCCCUCUACAACAAUUACACACUGGGAAUUCCACAUGGAAUUGCGGAGUUUGACUACAAUGGCAUGAAUACGGCCGAACUCUCCUUCCAGAAAAACGAGGUUCUGGUUCUGCUAGAACAGAUCGACAACAACACCUUUGAGUGUCAGGUGGGAGACGCCAAGGGCCGAGUUAACAAAUCCUACCUGAAGGUCAUCACUCCUCUCUCCAGUGCUCCCAGCCGGUCGCCAACUCUGCCCCCCCGUCCCAGUCAGGCUCGAAAAGGAAGCAGUGGGCUGCAGGUGCAAGCGCUGCAUGACUUCACUCCAGAGGGUCCUGAUGAGCUGGCCCUGCGGGCAGGAGACUUGGUGUGCAUGGUGGAGCGAGUGGACAAUGAGUGGUACAGUGGGUCCUGCAGGGGUUGUACCGGCAUCUUUCCAGUCAGCUACGUCCGUGUGCUGUCAAGUAUUCCAGCUCCGCCCAGCGCCAAGAAAGCACCACCACCAGCUGCGGCAGUCAGCGGCCCACGGUGCGUGGCGCGGUUCGAUUUCGAGGGGGAACACAGUGACGAGCUGUCAUUCUCCGAGGGCGACGUGAUCAAGCUGAAGGAGUACAUCGGGGAGGAGUGGGCCCGGGGCCAGAUUAACGGCUACAUCGGGAUCUUCCCCCUCAACUUCGUCGACAUCGUGGAGGACCUCCCCCCACCACCGCCAGCCCAACAGGCUGUUCCGACAAAGACCGCACUUCCUGGAAUGGUUUCCACACACCAGAACCGCAUGGCUGCUGGGCCCAGCCAGUCUGACCCUGCAGAGGAAGAGUGGUGCCGCGCUCUGUACGACUUCACGGCGCAGACGGACGAGGACCUCUCCUUCCAGCAGGGGGCGCUCAUCCUGAUCAUGGACCGCGUGGACUCUGAGUGGAGCCGCGGACGCCUCGAGGAUAGGGAGGGGUACUUCCCGGCGGCGUUCGUGGAACCCUGCGCGGGUAACGGCCGGGGGACGCCGUCCAGCGAGCGUGUGCAGGAGGGCGGCGAUGGGAGAGCCAGAGUGCUGUAUGAUUUCAUCUCUGACUGCGAGGAGGAGCUGUCAAUGAAGGUGGGGGAUAUUAUAACCAAUCUGGAGUCCAUAGAUGAUGACUGGUUUCUUGGAAAGCUGAAGGGGAAACGUGGUUUGGUGCCUAAAAACUAUGUCCAAGUGCUGCAAGAGCCCUGAAACUGCAUUCUGGACCUGGUUUCCAUACGAAUGACCUGAGACUGUUAUUGGGGCUUUGGGAGAUUAUUUUGUAGUCUGAGUUAUUCGAAAAUGCCUAGGAGAAUGGCAGUGGACAAUAAAAAUGGAUGAUGCAAAAAGGACUCUCUCUGAAGACAGGUG